GCCCCUGCCACUCUCAGACGGCCCGCGCCCCGCAGCGGUGCGGCCCGGCCCGGUCGCUAGGUGCGAGAUGGCCGCCGGUGGGAGCCGAGGGCUGCUGCGGCUGUGGCUGCUGGCGGCGGCGGCGGGGCUGGCGGCGGGCAGGGCUCCUAGCUGCCAUGAAGUGCGGACAGCGUUCCAGCUGCAGCAGAUCGGGCCCCUCAAGCUGGUCCCCGACGUGCCCACGGCCGAGUCAGAUUUACAGAUCUGUCAAGAUAGAGCACCAACAUGCUGCACCAAAAAAAUGGAAGAGAGCUACCAGGCAGCUGUUCGAAGAGAGAGGAUGCAGAGUAUCCAGGCACUGAAUUUUGAACUGAAGUACAUGAUUGCUGGCCACACCACAGCUUUUCAAGAGGCCUUUGAGUCCUUCCUGCGCUUAGCUGAAAACCGCACAAGAUCUCUAUUUGAGACAGCUUACAGGCCUAUGGCAAAAGAAGCAGCAGAGCCAGUUAAGGAACUUUUUACAGACAUGUCCCUCUACAUCCUUGGUGCGGAGACUACAGUGGAAAAUGCAGUAUUACGUUUUUUUGACAGUCUUUUUCCUCUGGUGUAUAGUCGGCUAAUAAAUCCAGGAAUUACAGAUUUGUCAGAGGACUAUACUGAGUGUCUUCGGCUUACAAGACAAGACAUAAAUCCUUUUGGACGCUAUUCUAAAAACAUGGUUACAGAGCUGUUGAAAUCUCUUUGGGCAAGUAGGAUGCUCAGCCGGGCCCUCAGUCUGGGCACUGAAGUGAUAAAUAAUACUGAACACACUGCUCUCACCAAGGAGUGCAGUAGAGCUCUGGUGAGGAUGCAGUACUGCCCACAUUGCCAGGGCCUGACGCUAAUCAGACCCUGUGUUGGAUACUGUCUGAAUGUGAUGAGGGGCUGUUUGGCCAGCGUGUCAGAACUGGAUAUGCAAUGGAGGGAGUAUAUCUCUGCUCUGGAAUAUCUGACUAAUGAAAUGGCUUCCUCGCAUGAUCUGGAAAUGGCACUGACGGGAAUCUGGAACUCCAUCAAUGAAGCCAUCCUGCACGCACAGUUGAAUGGACCACAGCUUUCUGCUACAGUUGAUAAAGUGUGUGGAGAGCCCAAACAACGAGGAGGGAACUUGUCAUCAGGCCGUAUAAUGCCACUGAAGGAAGCAACUGAAGCCCAGACGCUUGUGUUGGCUCAUACUGGUCUGAACAGUAAAAGAAGUUCUCUGCCUCUGAAAGCUUCAAAGAAUGACAAAUCAAGAAGUUUGAAAAAAAUCUGUCGAGAAUUCAUCAGUUAUAUGAAGCGAUCCCGAACCUUUUAUGCUUCAAUAGCAGAAAGACUGUGUGAUGGAGAUCUGGUGAUGAGAGACAGCUCAACCUGCUGGAAUGGAGAAGAUGUUGUAGAGAGUUAUACCAGCAGAAUUGUUUCCAGUGGACUGAAGGCACAAAGUAAUAAUCCAGAACUGAAAGUCAGAGGACUAGACCCACUCAUCAGCAAUUUGAUUGAUAAACUUCAGAACUUUAAUCAACUGGUUGCUGAGAAGGCAAAGUUAAAACUGGAAAGAUGGACUUCCCAAGAUGCUGGCAGUGGGGGAGGAAGAAGUGAAGAGCUGGAGACAAGUGGGGACUGUGAUGAUGAGGAUGGCUGCCAAGGAUCUGGUGACAGGAUUCACACAGCAGAUAUACUCAAGGACAAGAAAACCCAUCCAGAAAACAGAAAUGAACCUAAACCGACUGUGAAAAAGAUUGUCACCACAACCACAACAAGCACUGUCAAGUCAUCCUCUAAGCACAGUGUAACUGGAAAUGGGAGCAGUGCAGUCCUGAGUUCCUCACUUGUUAUUUUAGCAGCACUAGCAGUUCUGUGGCCUUGUCCCCCGUAGCUAACCACUGAAAAAGCCUUUCUGUUCACUGUCAUGUAUACCUGCAGCCUUACACAGAGAAAACAAAGCAAAAUAACGAUAUGUUUUACUUGAUAUGUUAGAAUAACUAUUGAACAGUGUGCUGGAGUUGGCAGAUAGGAAGUGUCCUCACCUAGAGUGAAGAUAGCUUUUGACAAAGCCCAGCCAGAAUGCAGAGGAAAUGAUGACAGAAGUUCAAGUAGCUUAAGUUGUGGGAUAGAAAUAACUGAGAACAUGAGAGCUGUGUGUGUGUGUUACUGCUAUUCUGUUAUGUUCACCGGAAUCAGAUUGGCUGGGUUUUUUUAAAAUGUUUUUAUGGUAAAUUAAAGAAAUGGUCAGUCUUCGAGUUUAAGCCAAUACAUACAUCAUUUCUUCAAUGAGUGGCUGAUAGGCUACGUCUACAAUUGUAAAACGUGUUAAAGUAAAGUGCUUUGACCAGCUUGAUGAAAUCCCGGUGGUCAAGAUCAAAGCAUGUCUGAAACUUCUUUUAAGUGCUACUGUUUAGAUUGUAGGAAGCCACACAAAAGCAUACAGUGUGUUUAAUAUAUCGGUACAGUUGCCUUAACAAUUGAAACGUUAGAAACGCUUUGUUUACUGAGGGCAAUAUAGAUAGUGAGUUCCCCUGCCCCACAAAAUGGUACCACCAAAUGCUUGAACAUAUGCUCAAGGCUUAUGGGAUGAACGUCCAGCAAUGCAAAAUACAAGCAUAAUAGUAUUUCCACCCAUUUGGUAUCAGUGUGCAGGGGUGGGGAAAUCAUUAAGUUAAAAUUCACUUUGUCUACGUGUUGUUAAAGAGAAAAUAACUUACAUUCUCCAUAAAAGACUGAGAGAUGUAAGUUAAUGGGAACUCCCGUUAUACACAGCCAAGAUUUUGGGCACCAUGGAUCUCUGAAUUCAACUGUUUCAUAAACUCUGUAUUAUUAUUUAAUUACAUUUAAUGUUUAAAAUUUUCUAUCACUGUAGGUGUAAAUGUAAAAUAGUCAAGUCUAGAAUAUUCUCUAUUACAUCUCAUCUUGAUUUCUACCCUAGAAAAUGUCAGUUUUGCAUUAUAUUGCAAGGCUUCUUCUUUUUUUUUUUUUUUAAUCCAUCAUAUCUUGAUAUAUUUUAACUUUUCAAAUGAAAAUUUCUAGUGGGUUAAGUGUCAGUGUGUGUUUUCCAACAGUUAUGUUUACAGUACCAUUGAAUAUAUAUAUACAAGAACAACUGUAUGAAUACAGUGUUUAAUGAUAAACAUGUAAAACAUUAGGAUUUAUGUAUUUGCUGCAUUUCAUAACUGUUAUAAUAACUUAAUGGCCAUUUUCAUGUUGUAGGCUGUUACCGUGUACAGCUUUAUAAGACUGAACGUAAAAUGUUUAUCUUUGGUUUUUUUGUAGAGCAUCUCUUUUGAUCCUUAUUGUUACACAGCCACUGACAUCAUUCAGAAGAGCCCUACGACUUACUAAUCAGAUUCAGGCAUGAAUGAAAACCUUGAUUGUGAAGAACACCUUGAUUUAAAGAAGAUUGCAUGUGCCAGUGUUACUGGGUGCCAUUGUGUGUAAAGUGGCGAUAAUACAAGACAAUGCAAUACAUAACCAGACAAAGACUCACUAUGCUUCCCAUGUUUUCAGAUAGCAAUAGAGAACAUGUGUAAUUAUAUUUGCAGAGGUGGGGUCUUCAUUGUUUUGUUUUGUUUUUUAAUUGGGCUGUAAGUUUUCAGUGACAGACAUAAAAGUGUAAUGAGAACCAUCGACACACCCAGGUGUGAAGGAGUUGGCUCUAAAGUAAAAAAGGAUUUCUAAAAGUGUUCAGUAUUAACACAGAAACAAGGAGAUGAAAGAUUCAUGUGUUAGCAUGAAAUAUUUUCUAUUUUGUGCUCCUAUUUUUCAGUAUGGUGGGGUUAUUAAUAUCAUUCAGUAGGGCUUUCCAGUUUGUAUCAGUGUAAAUCAGGUUUCCUGAAGGUACAAAAAUGUCUGUCCAGUGCCUUCCAAAGUUUGUGAGCUGCUCCAGUCUACUGAGCCACAGUUACCAAUGUCGCAUUUUGCAUUCAUUUGCACUGCCCUUGAGAAAUGUGCACUUCCACCUGAGGAGAUGUACUGUGAAGGAGCACCAUUGCUCCUUACAGCCUUAAUGGAUCACUUGUGACUGGUACUAUUAAACAGCCUGGUCUCUGUGUACAUGCAGAAAUGUGCUUUUAGUGCAUACAUGCAUCACCAGCUCCUCGGGUAAUACUGAUCACUGUGACUUCACUGAAGCAGUAUGACAUUUUUCAUGAUUAUGAACAUGGUACCUUCUCACAUUUGAGAUCCCAAGUCAUCGUUCAGGCACACCUGUUGGCAUUUAGACCCAUCAGUAUUCCUGUGGAUAGGGAUAGGGUUUCAGGGUUAGUCUCUUAAAUUGCCACGUUCCAGCAAGGCAGCCUGGCCUUUUUAUUUCUCACUUGGAGAGUGGGAACUUGAAUACCUGGAACAUACAUGUCCUUUUGAGAUCUUUGUGCUUUUAGGGCAGGCCAGUGAUCCAGAUAUCCUCGUAUUGAGCUGUAGCAGGGCAAGCUGUACAUGUGGAAUAACUCACCCAGGGGAUUUUUUGUUCAUAGUAUCAUAGUAUCAUAGUCUCGUGCGGGUUGGAAGGGACCUUAGAGAUCAUCGAGUCCAACCACUGCGCCACCGGGGCACACUUUUUUUGUUCUUGAUAAAUUUCAUGACCUGGCUAAACAAAAACCUCUGAAAAACUAAGCAUUUGAAUUUUGGGUUUGGUCAGCAGGUUUUUCUAUAUUGGAGCAUCGAUUCUGUGAUUAUAUGAUUCUGUAAUCUCCUGUGCUCCUGUGAUGGAACUAGAACAAGUUCAAAUGGCAGGGCAAGGUUGGGCCAUUGAUUCAUAUUCUUAUUAGCCAGAGGACAGAGAGACUGCAGAGGAUUCAGCUGCUACCAAUGCAUUUCACAGUGAUGUACUUUUACUCUGUAAGAAGAUCGUGACAUAUGUUCAUAACGUUCCCCAGAAGUGGUGCAGCUUUUAAGAGCAAUGCAGUAUAUUUUUACUGAUGCUUUAUGAUUUUUAUUUUGUUUUUCCUCAGAAUCACAUGGAAAAGUAUUUUCCAUCAAACCAAAAACUGUACUAGCAAAGGAAAGACCAGCUGGACAGUCAGACAGGAAGUGUUCCUUUUUGGAUCAGUAAGAUGGAAUAAAUCUUAUUUUGAUUUCACAGAUACAUGUAAUUCUCAGUAAUUACGAAGGUCUAAAUUGAGAAUACUUUUGAACUUCUCUGUGUAAUCUUAAUGUAAAAUAACAUGCCAGUCUAAGACCAUUGCUAUAGUUUCACCUAACAGUUACGAAUUGUUUGCAGCCAAUGCUUUCUGGAUGUUUAUUGUUUAGCUGCGACCUUCUUUUAAUAUUUUACCAGUGUUGGAAAGUAACUGCUGUCAUGCAUGUGAGUAGAAUCAAUCUGUUUUUCUCCUGAUAGUGAUAUAUACUACUUAGCAAAUAAGGUGGAAUUGCUGUGGGCGUGCCGUCACUUCUCUGUGCUUGUUAUUUAGGCAACAUGUUCCAUCAGGUUCAUGUGGAAGGUCUGAGAAGUUCCUAUGUCACUGUUCUCCUUCAUGCCUAUGGGUGCAUCAAAGAGAAAAGCCAACACAGACGGACAAAAGCUGUGUAGGGCUGCAAUGUGCCAGUGCAUGACAACGUCCAGCUGUCUUUUCUGAGGCUCUGAGCCAAGCAUUCUCCUCUAGUUUUCAAGCAGUUUUUUUACACCUCCCUCAGUGAGAGCAUGGAGACUGGCCAGGCAAAGAGCAGCUGGAGAAUCUACAGACUGCAUUUUGAGGCAGCUUCACUGACACCUCCUAAGCACUUGCUUUGCAAUUUGCAUGCUCUCUGAAAAUUGGCAGCUCAUUUUCAACCUUGCAUUUUUUUCUGGUUUGCCUGUUGCAAAUGCUGUGCCCUGUCCUGGAGCAGAUCAGAUACUCGGUCAUUGUGUAAAGAACUGUGGUUCUGUUCUCUUGCUCAAUAAUAAACCUUCUGAGGUUCAGAUGUCUGUCAGAGCCUGGUAGAGCAAAAUAAUGUCCAGCUGCAUUUACUUCAGAGGCUCAGUGUAUGGGUAUCUGGCUAUGAGAUUCACAUCUCUUUGAUCUCUUAAGUCACAUGCCUAUUUAAUAUAUUCUUAUUUCCUUUUGUUACCAUGUAUGAUUAUGUUUCACUUUGAAUCUCUAAUGCUAUAUGCGUCCUAAUAUUGUCUUGAUGGAUGCUCUGUGCAGUCUACUUUUUAAUGUUAGAUGAGCCUUUUUGCCCAGAUUUACUGAGCCGUUCUUAUUCAGUGCUGCACACGAUUAGUUUUAAGCAAGACCUGUUUGAGUGAAAGAAGCUGAAGCACAUUAAAGUGAGAUACUGAGUAGGAAAUGAAUCCAGAAAGUCCUUGAGUUGCCGAAUGGGCCUCUCACAUUAAACAGAUCAUAAUGUUUAGCUAAAAUUAGAGUCAAGACUUCAUAACUGAUGUGUUCAAGAGAAUUUCAGCCCAGUUUUUAAGCUAUGCUUAAAAUGUGCUUUCUUCAUCUCUAUAUAGGGGUAAAGAUAGGUCUGUACGUAUAGGGAAAAUUUCCUCAAAUGUACCUUUCACAUUGAUAGCAUCAUGUCAGAAGUGCUUAUAUCACCGCUAGCCAAGAGCAUUCGAAACAUAUAUUUUUGUUUUUAGCUUUUCACUAAUCACAGUGCUUCUUUCAAUGGCAUAAGGGAUGAUGAUGAAAAGUGAGGUGUGACGAUGUUGCUAUAGCUGUGACAUGCCUCAUAUAUAAAGGAUGUGGUCAUGUCUUACACCUCUUGCCCCAUAAGACUGGAAUUAUUUUCUGGUUUGCACUAUCACUCUCUAAGGAGCUACAUUUGAAUUGUGCUAAAUAUUAAAUCAAUAUAUAUAUAUAUAUGCCAAGAGACUGUAAUAAGUAGAUAAAAAAACUCCGAAAAGUAUCCUGUACUUAAAACAGAGAAUGCUCCUAAAUAAGAAAUUCCAUCUGAACUAGAACAAUUUUUUCAGUCCCGUUCCCUGCCUCUGUGUUGAGCCCCAUUCCUCUUGCUUGGGAGCAAGAAACUGCUGCUCUCAGUUCAGGAAAAUGAAACUAUUGCUGCACAGUGGAAUUUUGCUUUUAUGAGGAAUGUAUUCAGUCUGCUGGUGCAGUUACUUAAGCAUUUGUACAGUAAAUAGCUGCAGUUGGUACAGCUCUCCAAAGAGGCUGCCCUGCACACAAUGAAGCAUGAUUUUUGCCUCGCUCCCAUGCAAUUGAGAUCGGACUUGGUCCCUUAAUAGGCUGAUUCAGACAUUAUUAUCAACACUACGGUGAUUUCCCCUGCAAAAAUGUAAAAAUAGAGAAGGACACACAAGAGUGGCCACUGAUGCUUUCAUCAGGUGCAUUAAGUACUUUGUUAAACAGCCCGGAACCACCACUGAGGUUUUUUUGGUGGUGUUUUGUGUUUUUUUCUAUUCUGUGAAAAACACAUUAAUACUGCCUUGCAAAAAUAUGCUGUUUGCACUAAAUCAUUUCAAUUAAUCUUUAGUAAAUUACCCACUACUUUGUAAUUAUAAUAUUUGCAGCUAAUUUAGUACCAUUCUAGAAAAUCAUUUGUUUUAUAAUAUAAGCAAUUAACAUUUAUUCAUUUUUUUUCUGUUGCAGAGAGAUAGAUAAAUUAUCCUCAGUGGCCUUUCUGUACACCUAAUUAGCACCUGUUGGAAUUAUUCUGCAGGCUGUGGACAUUUCAUUUGGAAAAUAAAUGUGUUGCUAGUUUCACGAACUACUUGCAAAUAUGCAGUUAUAAAAACUCAUGAAUAGAAAACCAUGUUUUCAUAUGUCUUCUCUGUGUAUGAGGUAGGCUAGUUUCUGAGGCUCUUACACAUAGAAUAGGUGCUGACAUUUAAAAUGCAUUUAAAAUGGAAAUAGUCAGAUGCCUCUUUCCCAUCAUUCAGUACACUAUCCCAGAUUUAUGUUGUGUUCUGUAAUGAAAAGGAAAGCAAGGAGACGCUGAGAAAAUAGCUCCCAGUGUCAAGUCCCAGACUUCUGUAUGUGGUUAUACAGAUAAAGAAUUGUAAAGCAUUAGAGACUAUCCAAAGCGUUGCUAUUCUGGAGUGUCAAAGAUACUGUGUUAAAGAAGUGGAGGAAAUUAAAGCAGAGUGCUUCAAUUUUCUAAGUAUCUUUCAAGAUAAAGAUUCAUUUUCUGUUUAAGUUCAUAGUAUAUUGAAUAAGAUCGUUUGAUCUUUUUAAAACUGAGAUCUGAGACAAACUUUCUAUCAAAAAUACCAGUGUGAAAUACUUGUCAUGUAUGAAAUUAGAAAAUUAGGAAACUGAAAAGCUGUGAGACUUCUCCAUGGGUAUGAAAUGUUGCAGUGGACCCUCAGCACCCAUAAAUCUGCACAGUGCAUUUCAUUUCAGCUUAGCUGUGUAAAUUCACCCUAACUUUGUAUCUAUCCCCAGAAUGAGAAUUCUUCCCUAUGUUCCUGAUUCUUAUUACAUUUUUCUUUCACAUGGGUAGAAAAUCAAGAGUAACUGCAGAGGUGAUGGAAUUUGCAUAACAGUUUUACUCUCUCUGGGCCACUGAUCAGAUUGUGCCAUCAUGCCUGAAAAGAAAGUCUGCUAACACACGAGAUGCCAUGAGUCCUCUGGUGUCUUUCAUUUCCAGGGGCACGGCUGGGGCCUUUUCAUGAGGAGCAGCAAAUGAUCUGGGGCUACAAGGAGAUGUUCAUACUGUAACUUUUAGGGAAGAAAGUCUUUCCUGGAGAUUUGUUGAUAUUUUGUUUUAUACAAAACACCCAUAAUUGGAAGGAAAUCGAAACAGGAUGCAUUGUUCCACAGUGACACACAUUCUCCUGUUUGGAGUUGUUCUUUGUGCAUGCAGUGUUAACAGUGUGUCUGACUGCUGUGAAAGAGAAUCCCCUUUGGCUUUUUUUGUUUGUUUGAGGAAAGUACGGUGCAUGGCUUAAAGUCAUGCACAGGCAAGAGGUUUUUACAAGUCCACAAAGCAGUAAAGAAAAUAGGAAGAUAUUUGGUGGCAAUGUCAUUAAAAACAAGAAAAUGAAUUUAAGUGGAAUGAGUUUCCACAUUAGGGAUGAACAAUGCAAUUAAAACCCAUUUCCAGAACAACAGUGUAGUUGAAUACAGGAGGAGGGUGAUAUAGCAGCAUUAAGAUACAAAAUCUUUAUUAUAUGGGGCAGUAUUGGAAUAAAAAUGAAAUCCGGUACAUAAAACCUCGCAUCACAACACUAUGUAUUGUAUGUACCAUACCUUAGUAUCAGAACUAAGAUAGCAUGAAUGCUUACAGUAUACUAGGUUAGAAAUUACUGUAAAAUACAUGCUUUACCAUUUAGAUACUUAAAUAAUUAGUUUGUGGUCUCGUAGUCUUGCUUAGUUCAUUUUAUUUUACAGGGAUUAAUGCACUGCUUACAUUUGUAUUUUACAUUAGUUGCAUCCUGGGUAUUUUAAAUAAAUUGGUUUUGUCCAGAGCUGUAUUCAAGCUAUAAUAAUUGUUUCUAUUUCCCAAGCACAUUUGAUUUUCAGUAUAACUGCUUAUAUUUGUUCAGCUACAUUUGUCAAUUUUCUUUAGUCUCCUUUCAGCACUGAAUAUGAUAAAGGCAAUUUUUAAAAGGAGUCUGAAAUCAAUAUCUUAAAACAAAAAAAAACAGAAGGUCCUGGCUACUUGGAAAACUUAAAUGGUGUGUUUUGUAAAGGGCUAUGAGCUGUGAAUUGAAAUAAAAAGGAAUGAUCCACAACAGGAAA